CUGAGUUUCAGAAAGUUUCAGGUAAUGGAAACUGUCUUGAGGGAAGAAGAAUCAAGAAGAAUGGCUGAUGAUGACCAGCAGUGGAAGGUCCCGCCGAACGUGCAGGAGCUGGCGGCAGCUGGCCCGGAGGAGCCGCCUAGCCGGUACGUGGUCCGCGACCAUGACCGUCCCGCCCUCGCCGGCGCUGGCGGCGACGUGACGGACCCCAUCCCCGUCGUCGACCUCGGCCGCCUGUCCUGCGGCGACGCAGACGAGGCGGCCAAGCUGCAGUCCGCCCUCCAGACCUGGGGCCUCUUCCUGGCCGUCGGGCACGGGAUCGAGCCGGGUCUCCUGGGCGAGAUGAUGGCCGUGACGCGGGACUUCUUCAACCUCCCGCUGGAAGAGAAGCAGAGGUACACCAACCUGGUCGGCGACAAGAGAGAGUACAGGAUCGAGGGAUACGGCGGCGACAUGGUGCUGUCGGAGACGCAGGUCCUGGACUGGUGCGACCGGUUCUACCUUAUCGUCGACCCGGAGUCGCGGCGCCUCCACGACCUCUGGCCGACGCGGCCGCCCUCUUUCCGGGACGUCCUGCACCGCUACUCCGCGCGGUGCAGGGAGCUCGCCGGCGCCGUGCUCCGGGAGGCCGCCGGCGCGGCGGGGCUCCCCGAGGAGGGGCGCCUGGCCGACAUGCUGGACGAGAAGGCCGUGACCUACGUGCGGCUCAACUGCUACGCCCCAUGCCCGCGCCCCGACCGCGUGCUGGGGUUCAGGCCCCACUCCGACGGCGGCGUGCUCACCGUCCUCCUCGCCGAGACCGCGGGCCUCCAGGUGCUCCGCGACGGCGAGUGGCACGACGUGCCCGUGGUGCCCGGCGCGCUGGUGGUGAACCUCGGGGACGUGGUGGAGGUGGUGAGCAACGGGGUGCUGCGGAGCCCGGUGCACAGGGUGGUGGCGAGCGCGGAGAGGGGGCGGGUGUCGGUGGCGGCGUUCUACACGGUGGACCCGGAGCGGGAGGUGGAGCCGGCGCCGGAGCUGGUGAGCGAGGAGAGGCCCAGGCGGUACGAGAAGACCAAGAAGAGCGGCGACUACGUCAGGGAGCUGCUGGAGAGCUUGGCGCGAGGGGAGAGGGCCAUCGACAAGGUGAAGCUCGUCUGAUCGAGACGAGCAGUUUUUUAUCCAACGGUUCGCUGCAUGCAUGGGCGAUGGGCUUAUGUGUACCGUGGAGUAUGGUGGCUAGUUGACGUGCACUGUGCACACUACUUACUUUACGUACGGUAAAAUAUAUGGGUCUGGCAAUAAGCUACUCCCUCUGUCCCGAAAUAUAAGAACGUUUUUUACACUAUAUUAGUGUCAAAAACGUUCUUAUAUUAUGGAACGGAGGGAGUAGUAAGUAGCCGGUUCAAAAAUACGAGUACUAAGGUCAUCCAGUUUAGCUACAUUUCAGUCAGCUGAAUUUUUGAUUUCGGGUUAGUCGAUUUUGAAUAAAGGAGAUGGAAAGGCCUCGCCGGACCCCA